AUGGGCAGUUGGUUUUCAUCACCGUCACCACCACCACCACCACGACCAUACCGACCACCACCAUCACCACCUUCAUCAUCAUCAUCCGAUAGUGAGCCGGAGCCCUAUGAUCCCAAACCCGUGCCAAAGCGCACACGGCCUCACGAAGUUCGUAUCGGAGUUGUGGGCGACCCGGGGGCGGGGAAGAGCACCUUUAUCAACUCCAUCCGAGGACUGAAGCCCCGGGACCCAGGUGCUGCGCAGACGGGGCUACAUCACACCACUACCGAGCCCACAGAAUACCCACAUCCAAGUCGGCCUGACAGUCUGGUACUGAUCGACUUUCCGGGCGUACUGCUGCGAAGAUACAGUGGAAGGUAUGGAAACUUCAAGAUCGGACAGUAUCUGAUCGAGUUUGGAUCCUACAUGCGAAGUUGUGACGUGUUCCUGGUGUUCAGCAGCGGCCGCAUUCAGCACAACGCCGUGCAGAUCGGAAUGAAGGCCCGGGAUAUGGGGAAGACGGUUCUGUUCAUCAGGUCACAGUUCGACAAAGAUUUGGCGGACAGGAAGAACGACGACCCCGAGUACUUUGACGACAACUCUGAGGUACAUCUGAUGGAGGAGCUUCGUCAGGACUACAUCCGGGUCCUGCGUGACGUAGGCUGGUCGCGUGACGUCAGAGAUGACGAGGUGUUCAUCAUCAGCGGCAGGUUGGGUUACGUCACACAAGAAAAGUGGGACAUUCCCAAGUUGAAAAAUGCGAUAUUUCAACAAACAGACGUCUUCUGA